CCUCACGCGGUGCUUGCCGGGAGCACACCUCGGCCUUCAUCUCCUGUUUGUGCAGUCUCGGAGACUGUGGGAGGGGACGUUAUGCCAGUGUCGUGCUUUACUUUGUUGCUGGGUCGUGUCCCAGUCACAGCGUGGAGAGCGGCAAGAUCACCCCUGCUAUGUCAUCCUUUGAGGAAAAUGAGUUCUCAAGGAGAGAAAUCUGAACAAAUCAAACAACCCCUUAAGAAGCCAAAGUUACCAGAAGGUCGUUUUGAUGCACCAGAAGAUUCCAAUUUAGAGAAAGAACCACUGACAAAAUUUCCAGAUGAUGUUAAUCCUAUUACCAAGGAAAAAGGUGGACCCAGGGGCCCAGAACCUACCCGAUAUGGAGAUUGGGAGCGAAAAGGACGCUGUAUUGAUUUUUAAGCCACACUUUAUUUAAAUUUAGUAUCUUUUUCGGAUUGUGUACAUCUGAGUUAACUUGAUUAUUUUCUUUCUGUAUAUCCUUUAAGUCAUCUAAUUUCUAAAUGUAUUUAAAAAUAUAUAUGAUAGCUUUGGAAGAAAAUAUGCUGCUAUAAAUUAGGGAAGAAGAAAUAUUUCUAUAUUAGCACAUUAAUUUUAAUUUAAAUGUAUUGGGGUUUUUAAGUGAUGAUUAGAGCUGUGAACUUUUAUCUCAUCAUGUUUCAUUUUAAAUGAAUUGCUUAUAAGAUACAUGUGUAAAUAAAACAAAUUUUUAAAAAA